AUGCAGAGUCUGGAUCUGAGUACCGAUCACUCGUCCUCCUGGCGCGUCCAAAAUAGUCCUCCCCUUCCAAGAAACACAGGCUUCAGCGGUGGGCAGGACCUGGACAGCCGGAGGCGGAAUCCACUGGCAUGUGAAUCAUGCUACAAGAGGAAGAUCAAAUGCGAAGUCGAAGGGUCUAACAAUGCUUGCAUUCAAUGUAUGCGCCGCAACAUACCAUGCAAGUUCACCACAAGAAAAGAAAAAAGAGAGUCAUUGAAAAGGACACAGUAUGUGAGAACACUAGAAGAACGAGUCAAGAGGACAGAGUCUCUGCUUCGAGCCGCUGGUUUGUUCGCCGAAGAGCUGUCACUUGAGGAUGAGUAUCUGAGCGAAGAGGGAGAUGAUCAUGAUCGUGAUAUGGACUCCGAUGACGAUCUCAUUUCCCCCUACUUUAGUCCUCGUGCUGGCGUCAGUAGACGCAAUUCCGAACCGUCGGCUUUAGAUGCUUCUAGCGAUUUGCCAGACGCACAGCCUCAUCCGUCGAAUGACAAGGGAAAGUUACAAGCUGCACCGGAAUCUCCCAAGGGUAGAAACCGUGCAAUUCCUAAGUCCGGCCAGCCCCAUGCCCCUCUUUUCGCCCUGGACAAUAGAGAAGAAUAUAGGUACUAUGGACGGUCCUCUUCAAUGUCUAUUCUCUCACGAGAAGGCCUUGAAUGGAUUAAGAGAAAGACCGGUGAAACAAAGCUUGUGAAUGUCAUAUUUUCUGACUCAACUCGAGAUAGUCCUUGGGACUAUUGGCGGCCAGACGUCUUCCAUGAUAUCUUCACCUCGGAAGUGUUCAAGCCGCUGCCUCCUCGAGCAGAGGUCUUUGCGUUGUUGCGCGAUUACUUUCGCACUGUAAAUCGGCUGUUCCCGCUGUAUCAUGAAGCGACGUUUAUGCGCUUGGUUGAGUGGCAGUACACGCAGCAGACGUGUGAUGAUGCCGCUCGGUGGGCUAGUAUUAACAUCCUGCUGUCUCUGGCCUAUGAAUAUCGGUUUUCUAACUGCCAGAAAUCCGAGAAGGACAGGGAGAGAGCUUGGCUCUACUACAAGAACGCCAUGUCAGUCUUUGUAGAGCUGUCGUUAAGGAGAACCGACCUCCUUAGCAUACAGGCUCUUUUGGGCAUGGCCCUUUUCCUCCGAGGAAAUUCCGGAACCCAGUCCUCCUUGCCGAUUAUCACGGCAGCCGUGCAAGCCUGUCACCGCAUGGGACUACACCGCAAUAUCGCGAGACCACAUCUUUCUCCCACCGAGCAAGAGCAAAGACGCAGAGUGUUCUGGGUUGCCUACAUACUUGACCAAAGCACAUGCAUACGCGCAGGAAGCAGUCCCAUCCAGAAUCAUGAGGACUUCGACGUGGACUUUCCGGCAGACAAUACAGAAGAUGCAUUCGUGACGUCGUCACAUAAUUCUUUCUUCCGCCAGCUUUGUAAGAUCACUGUGGUCAAAAGUCGCAUGUACAGCAAACUCUACUCUACGAAGGCUCUGGAGCACAAGUCUCCUGCAGUCAUCUUCCAGGAUAUCCGAGAACUACACUCGGAACUUGAAGAAUGGAAGAACGCUAAUCCGUUCGAGUGUCGCCUGAAGAAAAGAGGAACAGGCCAGGACUUCUUGCUUGGAUUUGCCUCCGCCGGCCUGCAAUUUGUUUACUAUAAUACAAUGCUCAUGAUACAUCGGCUCCCGGUGUUACUUCAUUUCGGGUGUAUGGAUCACAUUGCAAGAGGACAUCCUAUGGAUGACUACGACUUGAUUCUUAGCGAAGCCACUGUCUCGUCAGAGAUCUGUGUACAGGCUGCACGGGAUACGUUGAAAUUAGUCAACAACCUGCCAUGGGGCGACAUUGCAUGGAUCUGGUCUCUUCUAUAUUACGUGUUCCUUGCAGUAAUGAACAUUUUCGUCAAUAUUCUGAAGAACCCUCAACACCCUAAAGCCAAAGAAGACCUCCAAUCUCUCACCAUGGCCGCGACCUUCUUCGCGACACUUAUUCCAGGCGAUGGACCGGGCCACUAUGCUCGGUUUAUGACUAAAAUGAGUGCCAAUUUCGAGCGACUCGCUCGCAAUCUUGUCGAACGAGACGUCAAAGUCCUGAAACCCGGUGACAUGAAAAGUAAUUCACCCGAGACAAACAAGGAUGAGAACCGUACAGCAUCCAAAACUGCCGCGGAUCAGACUGUUUAUUCACGCCAUCGACAAACCGGCCUUGCUUCUCAAUCACGGACCAGUCUCCAUACGUCUACCCCGACCUCUCCUACCUCAACUGCCGCUCAUAAGAACACACACAACAUUCCUCCCAACAUUGAAGGUCUGCCUCAAAUCAACUCCUCCGGUUACGUUGUUCCCGACAGUUUCAGUCCCGCCCCUAAACCAGAAACUUACUCCACAUCCCCGCCUCCUCUUACCACAACAUAUUCCCAACGGCCACAAGCACAGUCUCAUAGUCAAUCUGCUACGCCGGUUCCCCUGCACCCCAGCGACGCCCCCUCCCAGCAGCAGCAACCCUUCGGUAUAAGCGGCUUCGACGCCGGCUUCUUUCCCGUCUCAGUCAACAGCGACAAUUUCCACUUCGGCCAGCCAGGUCUGUGGCAAAUCCCUCUGACAGCCGAUUGGGAGCUGUCGCCCCAGGCACUGAACGGCAUCUUUGGCUUCGACCUGAAUUAUCCCAUUCCGGACGCAUUGCACUCGCAACCGAUGGCCGACCCCGGCAGCAACGUGAGAAUGGGCGCCCCACCGCCGUCCCAGUUCGGCACUCCGAACCUAGGUGGACAGCAGGCAAUGGGUCCAAUGCCCAUGGACCUGGGCCUACCACCGUACGCGCCCAACAUGGUGCCACCGCCACCGAUUGGCGGUUCUCAACGUCAGACCGUCACUCCUGACGACGCAGCAGCAGCAGCAGCAGCAGCAGCAGCACAAGCCAUGCAGGCGAAUUCAAUGUGGAUGAACGGUCCGUUCUCCGGGCCAUAUCCAUUCCCGAUGUAG